AUGAAUGAUUUGGAAGAUAAACCAAAGGAUUUGAUAAAAGUGACAUAUGAGAAACUUUCCACAGAUGAAGUUGCAGAAACAGUCAAAUCUCCAUCUUGUGGAGCAGUUUCUUUGUUUAUUGGUACAACCAGGAACAAGUUUGAAGGAAAGAAAGUUGUUCGACUUGAAUAUGAAGCUUAUAUUUCAAUGGCUGAAGUUGAAAUAAAGAAGAUUUGCAGAGAUAUAAGGCAUAAAUGGCCAAUGAUUCAGCACAUCAGUAUCUACCAUAGACUUGGAGUAGUUGAUAUAACUGAAGCAAGUGUGAUCAUCGCCAUCUCAUCUCCACACAGAAGUGAGUCUCUUGAAGCAGUGAAAUAUUGCAUUGCAACUUUGAAAGCAACAGUACCAAUAUGGAAGAAGGAGAUUUAUGACACAGAAGAGUAUACAUGGAAGGAAAAUAGAGAAUGUCUGUGGGCACAAAAUGGACAGAAAUAAUUAGUUCCUGAAGGAAGACUUAUCAAGGAUCUGAUGCUGAAACUUUGAGUCAAAGUUAAGUGAUUAAUGAAUUAAUUGAAAUUGGUGAUUUGCCUUUGCACUAUAGUUGUAUGUACAAACAUGACAUAUGACAAGCAUACUCUACAUAAUGCUAUACUUUUAUAUUAAAAAAUGUAAGAUCUUUCCAUGUUAUGGAUUUUACAAUCUGUUGAAAUCUGCUGAGUAAAUGUCUUAUUAAUAUAACUUAAUUUCUUUCUGCUCAAGCACAUUUUUAAACAAGCAUAUGCAAUAAUGUUGGUCAAAAAAUUCUGAAGGUAAUUAUGAUCACAUAAAAGGAAUCUUUUCUAUUAAUUUUAACAUGCAAAAGCUGUUGUCUGCUCACUUCACUCACUUUGUAAAUCUAUUUCAUUCUAAAAAUAAAAGUAUAAUACUUUUUUCCUCCAUUAAAAAUUACAGAAAAAUUGUUUAAAAAUGUAAUUUACCCAGCAUGAAAACUAUUUGUCAGAUGUUUUUAGCAUAUGAUUGAUUUGCAGUGCUCUGCACCACAUAGUAAUGAAAAUUUAAUUUUAGUGUACAUGACCGCAACCUAUGUAUGAAAAAUAUAUUUUUGCCACAUUGAACAUUUAUGAUGUAAUUAUGAAUUAUUCUGUGAUUUACAACAUGUGCAACUGGAGUUUUCAUAACAAUAUUGUAUAUUAACUGGUUUGCUUUUUUUUGUA